GAAGUUAAUGUUCAGCAGGUCGAGGCCAUGUGCCUUGCGCAAGCAGCAGGCUGCUUCUAAGGACUUUACAGACUUUCUGUCUUAGUUCGCCUGGAAAAAGUCGUGAUUAAAACUCUGUUACUUGCGAGGGUGGGGUUUGCGUUCCUGCCCUGAAGUUUUUUCAUUUCUUGUUUUACAGUAUGAAAACCCCUGGACCAUCCCAAAUAUCCUGUCCAUGGUGAGAAUGGGUCUGGCGCCAGUUUUAGGCUAUUUGAUUGUUGAAGAGAAUUUCAACGUUGCACUCGGUGUCUUUGUCCUGGCUGGCGUGACAGACCUGUUGGAUGGAUUUAUUGCACGGAACUGGGCUAAUCAGAAAUCAGCACUGGGAAGUGCUCUCGAUCCCCUGGCGGAUAAAAUUCUCAUCAGUGUGCUCUAUGUGAGCCUAACUUGUGCAAAUCUUAUCCCAGUUCCACUGACUUCCAUGAUUAUCCUGCGGGAUGCAGCACUCAUUGCCGCAGUUUUUUAUGUGCGAUACAAAACUCUUUCUCCACCGAGAACACUGAGUAGGUAUUUUAACCCUUGUUAUGCUACUGCACAAUUAAAGCCAACAUUCAUUAGCAAGAUGAACACAGCAGUUCAGCUGAUUUUGGUGGCGGCUUCUUUAGCAGCUCCUGUUUUCAAUUAUGUGGACAGCAUAUAUCUGCAGACUUUAUGGUGCAUCACAGCUUUCACAACGGUGACAUCUGCCUACAGCUAUUACCACUACGGCAGAAAAACUGUCCAGGUGAUCAAGAACAAGUGAAGCGGUCCAGGUGGUAAAAGGUGAAGUGUUCCUGGAAGGAAAGGUGCUGUGCCCACAGAGGUGGUGGUACUGCAGCUGAGUUUUGGAUCAAAGCAUGCUUUGUUUUUCUGCUUAAACCAUGGUGUCAUGAAGUGAAAUUUGAGUAUGUACUAUGUAUAUAUGUAGAGAGAGACUUUUCAAUGUAUUUUUAAUUUCUUUAAAAAUGAGGUUGUUUACAAAAGCAAAUAAAUAACAUUCUUAAAAACA